AUGCGUCCUCAAUUAGUGCUCUCGCUCGUCAACAUUGCCCUUUUCGCACCGUCCGCUGACGCCGCCCGCAUCGAUCCGUAUCUCAAUAGUAACACUCCAACAUCUAGCCUCUUCCCCUUCUUGACGUGGCUUCGCGAUGGCGCCAUCGAGUUCGUUUUCGGACCCGCGCCGGCCAAAACGACCACUCGUCCUACGUCGCACCCAAAAGCUAGCCUUCGAAACAAAUACAACGAUCAAGUCGUCCUGCGUUUUAACCUGACUACUCCAGAAGAAGAGACCGCCUUCUCCGAGUCUGCGGCUCGCCUUUUCCUUGAUGUCUGGGCAUUCAACCACAAUUACGUUGACGUCCGCCUGCGCAACGAUGACAUUGCCUCCCUCCUUGGCCUCUUGCCCGAGUCUUUGAGGUCUGCGUAUUCAACUUUGAUUCCAGACCUGGCUGCCUCGGUAUACGAUACAUAUCCGACAAUCGCCGCGCCCACCCAGAUCCAGCGUCUCGAGGAUCGCAGAGCAUCUAUUCAACUGUCACGCAGAGAUAACGACAAUGUUUUCUUCCAAGAAUAUCAACCACUUUCUGUCAUUGUUCCCUGGAUGCGUCUGAUGGAAGCCAUGUUCCCAUCCAUCACUGAAUUGAUCAGCAUCGGCAAAUCCUAUGAGGGUCGAGAUAUUCCGGCCCUUAAGAUCGGCGUUAAAACACCCGGGAAGGUCGUAAAGAAGAGAAAAACCGUGGUGGUAACAGGAGGCAUGCACGCUCGCGAAUGGAUAUCUACGACGACAACAAACUACGUUGCAUGGUCCUUCAUUACCUCCUUCGGCAAGGAGCCUAUGAUCACUAAGCUGCUAGAGCACUUUGACUUUGUCUUCAUUCCUGUUGUAAACCCCGACGGCGUUGAAUAUACUUGGCAGGUAGACCGUCUCUGGCGCAAGUCUCGACAACAAACAGGUAUGCAGUGGUGUCGCGGUUUCGACCUUGACCACGCCUUUGGCUUUGAAUGGAGUGGUCUGGAUUCCGAGAAUGACCCUUGCUCCGAAAGCUACGGCGGCACUGAGCCAUGGGAAGCAACCGAGGCCAUUGCACUUGCAAAAUGGGCGAAGAACCAGGCCGAGGAGAAGGCGGAGUUCAUGGGCCUAAUUGACCUGCACUCUUAUUCUCAACAGGUUCUUUUCCCAUUUGCCUACUCCUGCGACGUGGACCCACCCAAUGUUGAGAACCUUGAAGAACUGGCAGUUGGACUUGCCAAAGCCAUUCGCCUGUCCAAUGGGGAACAGUACUCGGUAACAUCGGCUUGCGAGGGUGCGGUCGUUGCGCGACAUGGCAAGAGCAGCGCACGACGCAUCGAGACCGGUGGUGGUUCAGCCAUCGACUGGUUUUACCAUGAGCUACACGCGCACUACAGCUACCAAAUCAAGCUUCGAGAUACCGGCAGUUACGGGUUCUUACUUCCCAAGGAUAACAUUAUUCCGGUUGGUGAAGAAAUUUUCAAUGCCAUGAAGUAUUUUGGAGAUUAUCUCCUAGGGAACAAUGGCAUUGAGAAGUCAAUUGAAGCAUCUUCCCUGGAGGAAUCGGCAGUAGACGAUUCGGACCGUGGCAACGAGCUCAAGCGGAUGAGACGGAGAAGAUAA